UGUGAGCUGUUGGCUGAUGUCUGGUCUUGUGUGGAGGGCGGGUCACGUUGAAGAAGAUAUGAGAAACCAGACUUUAAGAGAGGAUGUCUUGCUCAUAGAGGGAAUAAAGAUCUCCCCCCAGUUCUUAUUCCCCACCUUCAUCCUCCUCCUCCUCGUCUACAUCUUCAUCAUGGUGUCUAACCUCGGCCUGGUGAUCCUGAUCUUCAGCAGCAGGAGCCUCCACCAGCCCAUGUACCUGCUCUUCUGCAACAUGAGUAUUAACGACGUGUUCGGAGCCACGAUAAUCAUCCCUCGUUUCCUCAGAGAUCUUUUGUUAUCGGACUCGGAGCGUUACAUUCAUUACAUCAGCUGCGUCACUCAGGCCUUCUGUGUUCACCUCUAUGCUGGCGCCUCCCACACGGUGCUCAUGAUCAUGGCCUUCGACCGGUACGUGGCCAUCUGCAGUCCGCUGCGUUACUCGACCAUCAUGACCAACAGGAUGGUGGUGAAUCUGUCGGUCGCCGCUUGGGGAACAGCCCUGGUGUGUGUGUCGAUCCUGCUGGGCCUCAGCAUCCGCCUGUCGCGCUGCAGGUCGGUUAUCUUCAACCCGUUCUGUGACAACGCCUCCUUGUUCAAGCUCUCCUGCGAGAGCCUCCUCAUCAACCAGGUGUACGGCCUCGGCUACACCGUGGUCCUGCUGGGCUCCUCCAUCGGCAGCGUCACGCUCACCUACCUGAAGAUCGCUGCAGUGUGUCUGAGCAGUAAAAACAAGGUGCUGAACAGCAAAGCUCUGCAGACCUGCGCCACACACCUGACUGUGUACGUCCUCCUGCUGGGCUCAGGCUUCCUCAUCGUCCUCCUGCACCGUUUCCCUCAGCUGUCCGACCACAGGAAGGUGGUGGCCAUUCAGCGUGAAGUGGUUCUUCCUGCUCUGAACGCUGUGAUCUACGGGCUGCAGAUCAAAGAGAUCAGACAGAGGAUUAUCUCUAUGUUUCACUGCAGCAAGAUGAUCCAGAUGAAAUGAAUCCUACACAGAAUCUGUGAAUAAUGUAUUUAUUUAUUGAUAAUAUUUGAACCUAUUAAAUCAUUUCUGUAGGGAUCAUGUUGAGCUGUCAGGUUGUAAAUAUUGAU